UUCGCUUCUCUGGUUCCUGUUUGGUAAGCAUGGAGUUCGAGGGCGAGGGGGCAUUGGUGUCGGUGUCGGCGAUGGUGAAGGAGACGACAGGGUGGACGAGCCUACCAGAUGCCUACGCUGUGGAAUUAGCGCAAAUGCAACGCCUCAUAUGCGUCGUGGACCGAUGGGACGGCGGACUUUAUGCAAUGCAUGUGGAAUAGCAUGGGCAAAGGGAAAAUUGAGAAAAGUUAUUGAUUCUGACACCCCCAUAGAUGAUGUUCCUGUUGCAAAAAUGGUGCCUGAAGUCGGCAUGGAAUUUGACAAUGAAGACAAAGCAUAUGAAUUUUAUAACAGGUAUGCUGGACACAUCGGCUUUAGUGUUCGUAAGAGUUCAUCGGACAAAUCAGCUGACAACAUCACAAGAUCAAGGACCUUUGUAUGCUCGAGGGAGGGUUUCCGUAAGGACAAAAAAGGAGCUAAUAAAGUUAAGAGGCCAAGGCCAGAAACAAGAAUAGGAUGCCCCGCACGGAUGAUAAUUAAGAUUACAUCCUAUAAUAAAUAUCGCAUUGCUGAAUUUGUAGCAGACCAUAACCAUCAGCCAGCACCCCCAUCAACCAUGCAUAUGCUGAGAUCUCAGAGGGUGCUUACUGAGGUACAAACAACUGAAUGCAAUUCCUCAGAAGAUUCCACAACACCGUCAAGGUUUUCUGGUGGCUCUUUAGGACAGCAGGCAGGAGCUUUUAGAAAUGUUAAUUUCCUCCCUGCAGAUUACAGAAGUUCCCUUUGUUCAAAGCGUACGAAAAAUAUGCAACCUGGUGAUGCAGGAGGUGUUGUGAAGUACCUGCAGAGCAUGCAGCUAAACAAUCCGUCUUUCUUUUAUGCUGUCCAGCUUGAUGAGGAUGACAAACUGACCAACAUUUUCUGGGCCGAUUCCAAAUCUAGAGUUGAUUUCAGCUACUUCAGUGACGUGGUUUGUUUGGACACAACCUACAAGAUAAAUGCACAUGGAAGGCCAUUAACUCUCUUCCUUGGAGUGAAUCAUCACAAGCAAAUCUCCAUAUUUGGUGCUGCUUUGCUUUAUGAUGAAUCAGUGGAAUCGUUCAAGUGGUUGUUUGACACGUUCAAGAUUGCUACAGAUGGAAAGCAGCCAAAAACAAUCUUGACAGAUCAAUCAAUUGCAGCAAGUGCUGCCAUAAGCGCAGUAUGGCCAAGUACAAUUCACUGUCUUUGCCCAUGGCAAGUGUACCAAAACACUGUCAAACACCUUAAUCACAUCUUCCAAGGCUCUAAAACAUUUGCAAAGGAUUUCAGCAGAUGUGUUUAUGAUUAUGAGGAUGAAGAGGGUUUCUUGGUAGGAUGGAGAACCAUGCUAGAGAAGUAUGAUCUAAGAAACAAUGAAUGGCUUCAUAAGUUAUUCGAAGAUCGAGAUAAAUGGGCAUCAGCGUACAAUCGACAUGUAUUCACCGCAGAUAUAAAUGGUUCAUUGCAGUUAGAGUGUGUUAGCAAUGUCUUGAGAAAGUACUUGAGUCCACAGUUUGAUUUUUUGUCUUUCUUCAAGCACUAUGAAAGAGUGUUGGAUGAGCAUCGCUAUGCAGAGCUACAAGCUGAUUUUCAUGCAAGCCAAAGCUUCCCGAGAAUACCUCCCUCGAAAAUGCUGAAACAAGCUGCCAACAUAUACACACCUGUGGUUUUUGAAAAAUUUCGCAGAGAGUUUGAGAUGUUUGUGGAUUCAGUGAUCUACAGUUGUGGGGAGUCGGGAACUGCAUCGGACUAUAGAGUAGCAGUAACAGAUAGACCUGGGGAACACUAUGUUAGGUUUGACUCCAGUGACUUAUCUGUAGCUUGCAGUUGUAAAAAAAUCGAAUCAAUGGGUAUCCAGUGUUGCCAUGUGCUGAAAGUCCUUGAUUUCAGAAAUAUAAAGGAGUUGCCACAAAAAUAUUUGAUGAGAAGAUGGACGAAGGAUGCAAAGUCUGCAGACAGAGGCAAUCAAGAGUUCUUGAGUGAUGGCGCUUUGCAAACUCCAAGCUCUCGUUUAAAUGUCCCUGUGCCAAUUAUAAAUCAACCACAAUCACACUUAAAUAAUGACCAUGACCAUGCCGCUUCUGUUUCUAGCUUCGGCCACCAAGCCCUUCAGGGAAAUGCCAAUGGAAACCAGGCAGAAUCAUGUCAAGCACGGCGCAUUCCUCACGUCACCGCACACGAAACAGUCAAAUCGCAGCGCAAAUGUACCGUUGCUGAUCCUGGCUCAGGCACCUGGCAGUAGAAAAGGGACACAGCGCGCGGCGUCGUGCCCAAGGGCCGUGCCGUCUGUCCGGCGACUGCCGACCAAGCGGCGAGCAUCGGGAGCUACACCCGAGAGCGGGAACCCCUUUUUAUCAUCGGACCCAACGCCACCUCCUGGAGCUGCGACCAUGGCCGACUUCUCCUUCUCCCGCUCCGGCCCGCAGCCGCAAGGG